AGAGAGAGAGAGAGAGAGAGAGAGAGAGAGAGAGAGAGAGAGAGAGAGAGAAGCCAGGAGAGUGAGGAGGAAAGUUUGAGAAGAUGAAGAUUGUGGUGCCGGAAAGGAUGACGAUUUCGGCAGUGGAGAAGAUGAAGAUUAGUUACUGUAGAGACAUGAUAGGGAGCAUAUUGACUCCUGAUUCUCCUUUUGCCACGAUCAACAACGCUAGUAAUAUGGCUAUGGCUAGCUCGGAUAGCUCCGACUGCUCGCAGUGCUCGCAGUGCUCGGUAGUUGACGAAUUCAUCGACUUCAUGAACAACUCCUGGACACCAUUCCAUGCCACACUCGAAGCGGAGAAGAUCCUGACUGCAGCUGGAUAUGCUCGGCUGUCAGAGAGAAGAGCGUGGCAAUUGAAACGAGGAGGGAAGUACUACAUUACAAGGAACAUGUCGUCGAUCGUUGCAUUCGCAAUCGGAGAGAAGUUCGAAGCAGGAGAAGGGUUCUUUGUGGUUGGCGCACACACCGACAGUCCUUGUCCCAAGCUGAAACCCAUUUCCAAGCUCAGCAGGCCUAACUUUCUGUUGGUUGGGGUGCAACCGUAUGGCGAUGGCGUUUGGCACACAUGGUUCGACAGGGACCUGAGUGUCGCAGGACGUGUGCUGGUGAGGAGGAGGGUGGAGAGGGAGACAUUUGAGGAGAUAAAGAAUCGUAAGGUAGGUGAAGGAGGGACUACCAAAGGUGGUUGCUUUGGUGGCGGCGAGAGUCGAACAACAAGAAAUGCAGGUCUUCUUGCAAAUGCCAAGACUCAGGGUUCACCCGCUCUGGCAUCGGUCAUCAAGCAGGAGCUUGUGAUGAUCAGACGACCCAUUAUGCGCAUCCCAACGCUGGCUAUUCAUUUGGAUAGGCCAUCAAACGACAAGGGAAUUUGCGUUAACUUCCAACGGGAUAUGGGGGUGCUGCUGGCUACAUCAAUCAAGUCUGAGAUGAAUCAGCACAAAGCCAUGGCCUCGAGAUCAGGUAAGGGAAAGCCAUUGCUAGCGACGACAAGGAACAACAAACAUGAGGUCCUGGAGGAAUGCCAUGGAACCUGCAAAGGCAGUAGCUUUAUCCAUGCCAAGGACAGGGGGAGGUCUUCGGCGAAGAACAGUCCUGCAGUCGUCACGACAAUGGUGAGAAAGGUGGAGGGAGAUGAGGGUUGCAGUCAUCACCAUCCGCUUCUGUUGCAGUUGCUAGCGGAUGAACUGAAGUGCAAGCCUAGUGACAUUUGCGACUUCGACCUUUGCGUUUGCGACACACAACCAAGUGCCAUCGGUGGUGCGCUGGACGAGUUCAUCCUCUCCGGACGACUCGAUAAUCUUCCCAUGUCCUUUUGUGCCGCCAAGGCGUUGGCCGAGUCCACAGCAGCACCGGAUGCUUUGGCUAAUGAGAGUGGUGUGCGAAUGAUUGGGUUGUUCGACAAUGAGGAGGUGGGGUCUGUCAGUGCCCAAGGAGCUUCAUCGACACUAAUCAGCGGUGUCAUUCGGCGAGUCACGGAAUGGGCAACUACAUCCUCAAUGCACGCGACCCCCUCGGGACUCGAGGGGCUAGUAGCGCAAUCAUGCCGACGCAGCUUUCUAGUGUCUGCCGACAUGGCUCAUGCCGUCCAUCCUAAUUAUGUCCAUAGGCAUGAUGAGGUCCAUCAGCCGAUGAUGCAUGGGGGGUUGGUGAUCAAGCACAAUGCGAACCAGGAUUACGCCACGUCAGCGGCCACCGCGUCCGUCUUUCGAGAGAUCGGGUACCGAAUGUCCCUCCCCAUCCAGGAUUACGUCAAUCGAUGUGACAUUAAAGGUGGGUCGACCAUUGGACCUCUUGUUGCAGCUCAGCUGGGGAUCCCAACCGUCGACGUGGGUGCCCCUAUGCUGUCCAUGCACAGCAUCAGGGAGAUGUGCAGUGCCGAUGAUAUAGACCAUGCAUUCCAGCAUUUCAAAGCAUACUUCGAGACUGUGGGCGACAUGCUCCUCGAAAUGAUGAGAGGGCAAAGAGGAGUAAAUCGCGGAGGAGAAGAGAGGGAUGGUGGAGACAAGAGCAGGUGUCUACACGUGUGGAUUUUGAAACACGAGGAGAAGGAGGAGGGAGGAGGAGGAGGAGGAGGAGGAGGAGGAGGAGGAGGAGGAGUAGGAAAUAGGUGAAAGAGGAAGAGAGGAGGGGGAGGAGGAGGAGGAGGAGGAGGAGGAGGAGGAAUUCAAGAGGCGAAUGAGGAGGAGGGGAAAGAGAGAGGACGAAGAGGAAGAGCCGAAGGACAAGAAGGACGAGGAGGCACGCAUGAGCACUUACACUUCUCCUGCUUGGUCGCCCUUCGUCGUUCCUUCUCCCUCCUCCCCUCUUCCUCCUACUCCUCUUCCUCCCUAUGUCCCCUGAUGGGUGCCAGUUUCUUAGAGAUUC